CGAGGGGGGAAGGAGAGAGAGAGAGAGAGACAGGAGAGGAGAGAGACAGAGCCUCUCACGGCCCAUCUAGCGCUCUCGUGACAGCUGCAACCCUGCCUGAUCGGGCUGGUCCGAGAGGAGGCUGGAUUUUGCGGGCUUCAGCGGGAGCCGAGGGUCGCCGGCCGGCGGAGAGAGGGGCUCGCCUACCCCCAGCCCGAGGACCGAGCCGGCCCGACCCCCUCCCCGCCCUCCUCCCAGAACCACCUCCCGCUUCUUCCCUAGCAUGGUGGAUGUAUGGACAGUUUCACGGAUCAGAGAUUGACCACCCCCAGCCUGCCGGCCCCACACCUCGAGCACUACAGCGUUCUGCACUGCACCAUGACUCUGGAUGUGCAAACCGUAGUCGUCUUCGCUGUGAUCGUCGUGCUGCUGCUUGUCAAUGUUCUACUCAUGUUCUUCCUGGGAACACGCUGAAAGGAUUCCGCUCUUCUGAGCCGAGGAGGGCUCCCGUUUGGAAUUCAACCCGAAAGUCAAGAGGAGAGAGAGAGAGAGAGGAGAGAGGAGGGGGGAGAGAGAGAGAGAGCGAGAGAGAGAAAGAGAAAGAGCGCUUCCUUUCUUAUUCAGGGACAGAUCACUCUGAGUUCCAGCAUGACCUCGCUGUGAGAUGUAUGACGUUGCUAAUCAGCGCCGGUUCGAUCGUCAGUGCUGAGGCAGUAUGGGACCACGUCACCAUGGCCAACCGGGAGCUGGCGUUUAAAGCCGGCGACGUCAUCAAAGUCCUGGACGCUUCCAACAAGGACUGGUGGUGGGGCCAGAUCGACGACGAGGAGGGGUGGUUUCCUGCCAGCUUUGUGAGGCUGUGGGUGAACCAAGAAGAUGGAGUGGAAGAGGGGACCAGCGAGGUCCAGAACGGGCACCUGGACCCCAGCUCAGACUGCCUGUGCCUCGGCCGGACCCUGCAGAACCGGGACCAGAUGAGAGCCAAUGUCAUCAAUGAGAUCAUGAGCACAGAACGCCACUACAUCAAGCAUCUCAAGGACAUCUGCGAGGGAUACCUGAAGCAGUGUCGGAAGAGGAGGGACAUGUUCAGCGACGAGCAGCUGAAGGUGAUUUUCGGGAACAUCGAAGACAUUUACAGGUUUCAGAUGGGUUUUGUGCGGGACCUGGAGAAGCAGUACAACAACGAGGACCCCCACCUGAGCGAGAUCGGACCCUGCUUCCUGGAGCACCAAGAUGGGUUCUGGAUCUACUCCGAGUACUGUAACAACCACCUAGACGCAUGCAUGGAGCUGUCCAAGCUGAUGAAGGAAGGCCGCUACCAGCACUUUUUCGAGGCCUGCCGCCUCCUGCAGCAGAUGAUCGACAUCGCCAUCGACGGCUUCCUCCUGACCCCCGUGCAGAAGAUCUGCAAAUACCCCCUGCAGCUGGCCGAGCUCCUGAAGUACACGGCGCAGGAUCACAGCGACUACCGGUACGUGGCCGCCGCCCUGGCCGUCAUGAGGAACGUGACCCAGCAGAUCAACGAGCGGAAACGGCGUCUGGAGAAUAUCGACAAGAUCGCGCAGUGGCAGGCCUCGGUCCUGGACUGGGAGGGAGACGACAUCCUGGACCGGAGCUCGGAGCUCAUCUACACUGGGGAGAUGUCCUGGAUCUUCCAGCCCUACGGAAGGAACCAGCAGCGGGUCUUCUUUCUCUUCGACCACCAGAUGGUUCUCUGCAAGAAGGACAUGAUCCGCAGAGACAUCCUCUACUACAAAGGACGCAUUGAUAUGGACAAAUACGAGGUCGUGGAAAUAGAGGACGGCAGAGACGACGACUUCAACGUCAGCAUGAAGAACGCCUUCAAACUCCACAACAAGGAGACUGAAGAAGUGCACCUGUUCUUCGCCAAGAAGCUGGAGGAGAAGCUCAGGUGGCUCAGAGCCUUCAGGGAAGAGAGAAAGAUGGUCCAAGAAGAUGAAAAAAUAGGCUUUGAAAUUUCAGAGAACCAGAAGCGGCAAGCAGCGAUGACCGUAAGGAAAGUCAGUAAGCAGAAAGGGGUCAGCUGCUCCCGUUCCGUGCCUCCGGGCUACCCGCCGCCCCAGGAUCCGUUAAAUCAGGGACAGUACUUGGUGCCCGACGGUCUAAACCAGUCGCAGGUCUUCGAGUUCGCCGAACCCAAGCGCAGUCAGUCGCCCUUCUGGCAAAACUUCAGCAGGUUAACACCCUUCAAAAAAUAAUACCCAGAGAGAUGGAGCAUUUUAAAAUAAAAUAAAGAAAUAAAAUUAUAUUUAUAGAUGGACCUUUUUUCGGAGAUGCACUGUUGCAAUUUAAAAAUAUAUAGAGAAGGACCAAAAA